UGACGUCAGAGGGAGGAGCGCGGAGGGAGAUACGGAAAGUGAGAGGGGCCAGGCCCCACUGUCGCUCUGGAGGCGGAGAAGGAGCAAGAUGGUUUACAUCUCGAAUGGACAAGUGUUGGACAGCAGGAGUCAGUCCCCAUGGAGAUUGUCUUUUAUAACAGAUUUCUUCUGGGGAAUAGCCGAGUUCGUGGUUUUGUUUUUCAGAACUCUGUUUCAGCAAGAUGUGAAAAAGAGAAGAGGCUACGGAAGCUCAUCUGAUUCCAGAUAUGAUGAUGGAAGAGGGCCACCAGGAAACCCCCCCAGAAGAAUGGGUCGAAUUAAUCAUCUGCGUGGCCCUAAUCCUCCUCCAAUGGCCGGUGGAUGAGGAAGGUAA